UAAUAACACAAACCAGAACCAGUCUGCUUGCAAGUUAUCUCGCGAUGUCGUUGCUCUUCAGCGCGACACGCUGUGUUUACCAAAUUAGAAUACCUCUGGCCAACUCCUUGAUAAGAGAAUUGUCAUGAAUGGGAUUUUCGUUCCUGUGGAACGAGGUGAUUACAAACCGCUCGUUCGGCUCCUCGUGAAUGAGAGACGAAGGGACAGAGGACUUCUUCCAGAAUUCGUGACUGAUUUCUGAUUUUGCCAUUAGCCUUACCUGCUUACAUCAAUGAAAAGAUUAUCCAGAGCUAUGGUGAUUCAUCAUUAUUGUGAUGGCAGACGAUGACAUCUGAAUAUGGCAGACAUCAUUCCUUAUUGUCGGAGGCUGCAUCGUCUGCGAAGGACUAAACUAAAAGCAAGAUGAUGGUUUAUAAAAUUCAUAUUCUACGAGUUAUUGUUGCGACUGUAACCUUCGUGAUCCUGGCAGCCUUCUUACUUUUCAUCACAACACCUCAAAAAUGCAUUCAAGUGUCAGUAUCUGUGCAGCAGUGGCAACCGUACGUCAAAAGAACUCGAGUUGUGCAAGCUUUGGAUGAAAGAGCUGUGAUCUCCAGUCCUUCCAAUUACCUCUUUUCUGCUGCUAGGCUUAAUAUCUACAAAGAUGCUUGGUUCAGGACGCGUGUGGUGGAAACCUCCGAUGAAGCUGCGGAUUCUGAUGAUGAGGAUAAUGAUGAAGAUAACGAUGAUUACAAUGAACCUGAAGGCAAUGAUUUAUACGAGGAUGGUGACAGUGUUGAUUAUGACGACAAUGCAUUGUAUAACAGAAACUUUGAGCAAGGCGAUUUUGAUUACAAUGAGACUAAUCUUCAUGUAUCAGCACAUAAGCUACCAAACUUCGGCACUGUGCAACAGAUGUUUGAAAAGUAUAAAAACAGUAUAAAGUUCAAUUAUUCUAGUCCUAAAAGAACGUUUAUGUAUAUAUCACCCGGUUCUCUAAACUUACGCAAAAGGAUGAGACACAAAUUUAGAAAUAUAACACUUAUCAACAUAGAAGGUGUGCCAAUUGUUGAAGAUACUAUUUACUGGUCAAAAGAAUUGGAGGAAAAGACUCCUAAAGGAGCAGAAGACCUCGAUGUCCAAAAUGCUUUGCAAAAGUUGCGGAAGUUAAAGGUCCAAAGAGUCGAACCGCCAACGUGGAAUCGUUGCGGCAGACCAAAGAAUCAGUUUGUAGUAUUCGAAGAUGGUUCAAAGGCCUGUGCACGGUAUCGAUUUCCACACCAGUAUUUAGUGCAAGGCGAAAUUUUGUCAUUUUAUUUAUCUCGUCUUCUGGGAAUCAAAAAUGUUCCUGUAGUAUUUUUGGCUGCAGUUAAAAACAAUUUUGGUGAAAUCUGGGACAAAGAACAGGUAAAAAAAGACCUACUAGCUUCCAAAUGGGAAGUGAAUACAACUGUAGCUCUUAUUCAAUGGAUUGAAAACCUCGAAAGGGACAGAAUGCCAAAUAUAUUGUUAUCAUCUCUUGCUGAAAAGAAAAUCCUAUCUCCAUCUUGUGCUGAGCUUCUCACAUUACCAGUGGCAAAACUUGUGGAGCUUUUGCAAUGGAGUGAUUUAAUCAUUUUUGAUUACGUCACUGGGAAUUACGAUAGGGUUGCUAGCAUGCAAGAUGCUGCAGAUAAAGAAAGCAAGCCGUCCAUACUUCACGAAACAAUCCACAAUCUUGUACGUUCCAAAUCCAAUGGAGCUUUAUGGCUUAUUGAUAAUGAAAGUGGACUCUUAGAUAGUUAUUCGCUACUCUAUGGGCAAGAUAAUCGCUUCCUCACCUUUCACAAACAAAUGCUCAACACAACUUGUUUAUUUAGGCAUUCAACUGUCGAAAGGAUUCGCUGGUUGCAUCAAACUAACAAGGCAGGGGAAAUAUUGGUGGAUUUAGUGAAGCAAUUCGAACCUCUUUUUACUCCAAUUGAAAGAUCUGAAGAAGUGUCAAGAAGAUUACAGCAACGAAUCGCAGAAGUGAAUGAUCAUAUAAAUCGAUGUUUUUCUAUCUUUUCGUAGCGAAUAAUGAAGAACAUUUCCCAGAUUUUAUUGAUGGUUUCAAAACUCCGGAAGGCUUAGAUAUCAUUGAUAUAUCUCCGAAUAUCGGACUUCGGACUUAACACUGUGUCUUCUGUUAUUCAAAUAUAUACUUUGUAAUAUGUAACGCUAUUUUCUUGGCACCUUGUAAAAUCUGUCUAUACACUGAAAUAGACAUAUUGCACGAAUUACAGUAGUAUAACAAAACUACAGUUUUUAAAAAAAGAAUGGAUCGUCUGUUCUAUGAUACAGAUUCACUCCCACCCGAAUAAUGUUAUAUGGCCUCCAAUAUUUACUAAGCUAAGAAAUUAUUUUCACAUUGGUUAAAGUGAAAUAGCAAGAAUGAAAUUUGUUCAAGGAAUAAAUCCAGGGAAAAUAAAUGUAAAAAAACACAGCUGAAUUACGGAAAGUACAUUAAAAGU